CCAAACAAAACCAAAAAGAACAAAAAUAAAAAAGACGAAACCGAACCAUUCAUCAUAGGUUGAAUCGCCGACGAUAUCCCCCAACGGAGCCACACACACCGGCGACUUCAAUCAUCCCUCUGGUAGUAAACUAACCUGGAUCCUCGUCUUCUUACAGUCGUUGACUUUGAGGCCAAUUGAAUCUUUUGGGGUUGCUUGGAGAUGAUGGUUUAGGGAAAUGUUCAAGGCAACUAUGUUAUAUGACUGAUAUCACUCUGAAGCCUUUUGGUGGGAAUCAUCUCUAGUUUUUUUUCUAAGACCCCUUAUUGCAUGUAUGUUGAGACUGUUUCAGACCUGCAAAGGUGGGCGCUUUACCGGAGUUUUGCAGCCUUUCGGACCACUUCUCAGAGAAUUCUCAGCACCCGCAAUUGCUCUGGAAGAUUAUUGUAGGACACAACAUGGGAUUGAUAUUCAGCAUGGUAAAAGGAUUGAUGAUGAUGUUCACAUGCUUUUCAGACACUGCACUAAACUACAGUCAGCCAAGUGCCUUCACGCGCGUCUCAUUGUCUCCCAAGCAAUCCAAAACGUCUGCAUCUCUGCUAAACUUGUUAACCUCUAUUGCUAUCUUGGGAGCCUUGUUCUGGCUAGGCAUGCCUUUGACAACAUCCAGAACAGAGAUGUUUACGCUUGGAAUGCGAUGAUCUCUGGUUAUGUCCGUUUGGGAAACUCUUCAGAAGCUAUUAGGUGUUUUAGUCUCUUCAUGAUGACUUCUGGACUACAACCUGAUUACCGCACUUUCCCUUCUGUCUUGAAAGCUUGUAGAAGUUUGCUUGAUGGGAUGAAGAUCCAUUGCUCGGCUCUGAAGUUUGGGUUUGUGUGGGACGUCUUCGUUGCUGCGUCGUUGGUCCAUUUGUAUUGCCGGUAUGGACCGGUGGCGAAUGCACGCAUGCUCUUUGAUGAGAUGCCUGUUCGAGACAUGGGUUCUUGGAACGCAAUGAUCUCAGGUUACUGUCAAAGCGGAAACGCCAAGGAGGCGUUAGCUCUCUCUAAAGAGCUGAAAGUCAUGGAUGCUGUGACUAUUGUAAGUCUCCUUGCGGCUUGCACAGAGGCUGGAGAUUUCGUUAGAGGAGUUUUGAUUCAUUUGUACUCUAUUAAACAUGGGCUGGACUCUGAGUUGUUUGUUUCCAACAAGCUGAUUGAUAUGUAUGCUGAAUCUGGUAACCUUAAGGGAUGCCAGAAGGUUUUUGACAGGAUGAUUGUGAGGGAUUUGAUUUCUUGGAACUCUAUUAUUAAGGCUUAUGAGCUGAAUGAGAAGCCGCUUAGAGCGCUUAGGCUGUUUGAGGAGAUGCGGCUAAACAGAGUUCAACCAGACUGCCUCACUUUGAUUAGUUUGGCUUCUACGCUUGCGCAGUUAGGGGACGUCUUGGGUGGUAGAUCCGUGCAGGGCUUCACUUUGAGGAAAGGCUGGCUUUUGGAAGACAUUACCGUUGGGAACACGGUUGUUGAUAUGUAUGCAAAGCUAGGCCUUGUAGAUUCAGCAAGAGCAGUGUUUGAUUGGCUCUCAAAUAAAGAUGUGAUUUCUUGGAAUACAAUAAUAUCUGGGUAUGCUCAAAACGGUUUUGCUACUGAAUCCAUUGAGAUGUAUAACGAAAUGGAGGAGGAGGAAGAAGGUGGAGAGAUGAUAACCCCUAACCAAGGGACUUGGGUGAGUGUUUUGCCCGCUUGUUCUCAGUCUGGAGCGCUUCGUCAAGGUAUGAAAAUCCAUGGCCGUCUCUUGAAGAACGGUCUUUGCUCAGAUGUAUUCAUCGGAACAAGCCUUGCGGAUAUGUAUGGAAAAUGUGGACGGCUAGAGGAUGCACUCUCUUUGUUUUAUCAAAUCCCAAGAGUCAGCUCGGUGCCGUGGAACACGUUGAUAGCGUGUCACGGCCUUCACGGGCAUGGGGAGAAGGCAAUGAAGCUGUUUAAAGAGAUGCUUGAUGAAGAAGUGAAACCUGAUCAUAUCACAUUUGUGACUCUGUUGUCAGCUUGUAGCCAUUCUGGACUAGUAGACGAGGGUCGAUGGUGCUUUGAGAUGAUGCAAACGGAUUACGGCAUAGCACCUAGCUUGAAACAUUACGGUUGUAUGGUAGACUUGUUUGGUAGAGCUGGUCAGUUAGAAACCGCGUUUAGCUUCAUCAAAACCAUGCCGAUUCAGCCUGAUGCAUCUAUCUGGGGAGCUCUUCUCGGUGCUUGUAGAGUGCAUGGAAACGUGGAUUUGGGCAAGGUUGCGUCUGAGCAUCUGUUCGAGGUUGAACCUGAGCAUGUAGGGUAUCAUGUUUUACUGUCAAACAUGUACGCUAGUGCUGGAAAAUGGGAGGGAGUCGAUGAGAUACGAGGGAAAGGUUUGAGGAAGACACCAGGUUGGAGCUCAAUGGAAGUAAACAACAGAGUCGAAGUGUUUUACACGGGGAACCAAACGCAUCCCAUGUGUGAGGAAAUCUACAAGGAGUUGACGUUGUUGCACGAGAAGAUGAAGAUGAUUGGGUAUGUACCGGACCAUAGGUUUGUGCUGCAGGAUGUUGAGGACGAUGAGAAAGAGCAUAUACUGAUGAGUCAUAGUGAAAGGUUGGCUAUUGCGUUUGCGCUUAUUACCACUCCUCCAAAGACAAGGAUUCAGAUUUUUAAGAACCUGAGGGUGUGUAGUGAUUGCCAUAGCGUUACCAAGUUCAUAUCGAGAAUCACUGAGAGAGAGAUCGUUGUGAGGGAUUCGAACCGGUUUCAUCAUUUCAAGGAUGGAGUCUGCUCUUGUGGUGAUUACUGGUGAUUAACUGGGUCCAAUCAAAUAUUGUUUUGGUGCCUUAGGAUCUGUCAGUAUCUUUGUGUGGUUCUGUUUAGCUUGCUACCUCUGACUUUACCAUGGAGUCGUAUGAAGCCAGAUAAAUGAAGGCUUGUUAUGCAUUAUCCUGUGGAUUGGAGCUCAGACAGGUUCUUAUGGAUAACAUGGUCGAGAUCAAAGGCGUUAACGUCUUCUUACAGUAAUGGAUGGCGAGUUUGAUGCAAACAUCUUUUGUCCUCUCUUUAGACGGUAUGAAACCUCCUCUGCUCCAAAAAAUGUUGCGAAAGUUGAGUUAUACUCCUAAUCAAAAGUUGUUUUCUAAAUUUGUUUGUCGGAUCUGCAAAUUUUGUUAAUCUUAUACAAGUAUGAGAAUACAUAAUUUAACAGAUAAUCAUUCAUUUUGUA